CGGAGUUGUCACGUCGUUCUGCUCCAUUCAGGGAGCUUUAAGAAAGAAGAGAAUCAUCUACUAGCAGCACACCGGACUACUUUCCAGGUCCCAUCAGACAGCUGACAAGAUGCCACACCAGUACCCCACACUCUCCAUCGAGCAAAAGAAGGAGCUGCAGGACAUCGCCCACCGCAUCGUGUCGCCUGGCAAGGGCAUCCUGGCUGCUGAUGAGUCUGUGGGCAGCAUGGCAAAGCGGCUCACUCAGAUUGGUGUGGAGAACACGGAGGAGAACCGGCGGCAGUACCGGCAGGUCCUGUUCAGCGCCGACUCGCGGAUCAAUAGCUGCAUCGGUGGCGUGAUCUUUUUCCAUGAAACGCUGUACCAACACGCCGAUGAUGGGACGCCCUUCGUCCAGAUGAUCAAGGACAAAGGCAUCCUGGUGGGGAUCAAGGUGGACAAAGGUGUUGUGCCACUGGCUGGGACAAACGGAGAGACCACAACUCAGGGCUUGGAUGGGUUGUCUGAGCGCUGUGCCCAGUACAAGAAGGACGGGGCCGACUUCGCUAAGUGGCGCUGCGUGCUGAAGAUCAGCACGACCACGCCCUCCCAGCUGGCCAUGACAGAGAAUGCCAACGUCCUGGCCCGCUAUGCCAGUAUCUGCCAGCAGCACGGCAUCGUACCCAUUGUUGAGCCCGAGAUUCUGCCUGAUGGAGACCAUGACUUGAAACGCAGCCAGUAUGUCACUGAAAAGGUCCUCACCGCUAUGUACAAGGCCCUCUCGGACCACCAUGUCUACCUGGAAGGCACCCUGCUAAAGCCCAACAUGGUGACCCCAGGCCACGGCUGCUCCGCCAAGUACAGUGCUGUGGAGAUUGCCAUGGCAACUGUCACUGCACUGCGCCGCACUGUGCCCCCUGCUGUCGCAGGAAUCACCUUCCUCUCUGGGGGUCAGAGUGAAGAGGAGGCCUCCAUCAACCUCAACGCCAUCAACAACUGCCCACUGCCCAAGCCCUGGGCUCUCACCUUCUCCUACGGCCGCGCCUUGCAGGCUUCUGCCCUCAGCACCUGGCGCGGGCAGAAGGAGAACGCCAGCGCCGCCACCGAGGAGUUUAUCAAGCGGGCGGAGGUCAAUGGACUCGCGGCACAGGGGAAGUACAGCGGCAGCGGCGACAGCGGGGGGGCUGCUUGCAGGUCCCUCUAUGUGGCCAAUCAUGCGUACUGAGCUCCCAGCCACGCCCAGAUUCCAGCUUUCUCCGACCAAUAGGAUCUUUCACUGCUGAAACCAUAGCAACACCCAAUCACAGGCUUAUGCUGGCUUCAGUUUGGACUUAUAAUAUAAUAUAAUAUAAUAUAAUAUAAUAUAACUGGAUGGUGAUGUUCAAAGAAGAUUCACUAAAAAGGUUUUGAUUGGAGGAGGUACGUGAUAUUUAUCCCCGGCUGUGAGUCAUCGAUGUCGCUUACCCAAUAAGCUUGUCUUGUCGAUGGAUUUUAAAUGGUUGGCCUAAGUCUAGGUUUGUGAAGUCCCAUGACUGUCCUACACCCGGUGAGAGCUGGAAGGCAUGCCUCUCCUAUGCCAGUAUUUCAAUAGCUGGAGGACGCAAAGUUCUGUAGACGUGUGUCAGCGUGUGGGAUCCAUGACUGCAGAUCGGGUGGGCUUAUGUGAUUCCGACAUGGGAACCGCCAUCUUUAAUUAUCAAAAAGUAACACAUAUGAGAAGUUCUGUAAGUCGUGACUCCAUUACACAUGAAUUGCAUUAUACAUACGUACUGUGAAUUGGUGGUAAACGCCCGUGCGGUGUUUUCGUGCCGCCCCCCCCGCCCCCAUUUCUCACAGCUUCCUGGCGUGGGGACGGUAAACUCCUCUCUGGUUCCGGUGAAGCUGAUACCAGAGCUGGGCUGGGCAGAGAUAGUGACUCCUGUGAGGAGAAACCUCUUCAUUUCGUGGCUGUAGUGUUGUUCUCUAUGCACAUUAUGUACCUAAUAUUGCAGAGAAGCGUAUUAAAAAAGCACAUAGAAUGAAA